UUUGACGACUGCCAUAGCGUAGUGAGCGCAUGCAGAUUUUUUUCUGUGGUGGGAGUGAGAUGCGUGUCUGCAUGUGGAGGGGAAAGGAGGAGGGAGCAGAGGUUUGGAGUUCCUUCCCCAGUGUCCGUGUUCCCGGAGCACUUCUCGUGUUCUGAGUGUGAAUGAAAGGGUUGUUUUUUAUUUGAGCUCUGGAUGGGAGGGACCGGGCCAACAAGUGCACCAUCCUCCCCGGCAGAACACGGAUGAGCUUCACACCCGGAGAAUGCUAAGCGGAGAGAAAGGGGAAGCACAACAUGGGUUCGUAUUUGGCGGAAAGCGUCCAGAGCAGCAAGUCGGCAGCACCCGAGGAAGUUUCUGAAGCUCUGGAGCGGACUGCGUUGAAAGGAUAAACUCGGUCUCUCCGCUCCCGCGUUCUAAAGCAGCUGAAACAUUUCGACGAACAGGCUGAAUGGAAGACACUGGAUAACACGUUAUUAGGAAAGUUUCUACAAAGUUCAUUGGUGCCAGUAAGAAAUCUCUCCAACUCAUCCACAGAGCCAGCAUCGGAUGUUAAGCAAGAGCAGCUGGUAAUCAGCCAAGAGAACCCCCACGGAUUGGAUCACUAUGUGGAGCUGUGAAGUGUCUAAUGGUACCAGGAUCAGUGAGGACCAGUACCUCUGCCAUGAUUUCCACCUUAUCCUCUCCGUCUUCUCCCUCCUCUACCUCAUCAUCUGCUUUCCCAUUGGCCUUUGCUACAAUGCUCUCCUGAUCCUGGUCAACCUGUACAACAAGGCCACCAUGACGAUGCCCGACGUUUACUUCGUGAACAUCGCUAUCGCUGGCCUCAUUAUCAACGCGGUGGCCCCGAUGUACCUCCUGGGGCCUGACAACACAAAGUGGGCCAUCUGGAACGUUAACAACGAAGUUUAUAUCACCUUGCUGAUCCUGUUCAACGUUUCGUCCCUGGUGAUCAUGUACUCGACCACCCUGCUCAGCUUGGACUACUUCAUUGAGCGGGCUCUGCCACGGACUUACAUGUCCAGUGUGUACAAUACAAAACACGUCUGCGGGUUUAUCUGGGGCGGGGCGAUGCUUACCAGCUUUUCCUCCCUCCUCUUCUACAUCUGCAACCAUGUAUCCACUAAAAUUAUUGAGUGCUCUAAAAUGCAAAACAAGGAAGCUGCUGAUGCCAUCAUGGUGUUCAUCGGGUACGUGGUCCCAGCCGUUGCUGUUCUGUAUGCACUGGUGUUGAUUUUACGAAUACGCAAGGAGACCACCCCGCUUGACCAUGAUACCGGAAGGCUGGAUCCAUCUGUGCACAGACUUUUGAUCGCCACAAUCUGUACCCAGUUUGCAUUAUGGACCCCUUAUUACAUGACUCUUCUGCUAAACACAUUUGUCUUCCCCCAGGGGAAGUAUGUAGAUGGCAAUCAUCUACAGAUUCUACAUUUCGUCAUGGACGUGUCAAAAUUCUUGGCGUUUUCAAGCAGUUUUGUGAUGCCGCUGCUCUACCGCUAUAUCAACAAAAACUUUCCUCAUAAACUACGGCGGCUCAUUAAGAAAAUGCACUGUGGGAACCAGAGGUGUUCUCACGAUCGUUCGGCUGUACAGCAAGUGAUGACGUAAGAGGAAAAGUCGACUCCUGGGGGCUCAGAUACUGUGAGCCUUGAGAACUGUGGAUCUUAACCCCUCCAACCAGAGCAUUAUCCCACUACUUAUCAUGGAGAAUUCAUGCAACAGCUCUGAGCAUUGAUUCUGGAAGAAUCAAGGAACACUGACCAAAUCUGAACCCUCCGGUAACAUGGGUUGCAAAACUGCACUAAAAGGUUAGGAUACCUGGCAGUUAUGUGCACAUUCAGAGCACCAAGUUGGAGACAAAACAUGGGCCUUUUUUUGUUUUUGUUUCAUUCCAGUUCUAAGGAUCUUGGCUGGAUAAAUGACUAAGAGGUUAAUUGAAGUCUUGUUGGACUAUAUAGCACUUUGUUACAGAAGGACAUAUUAUUUUCCUUUCUCCCUAGAAAGAGAAAGUCAUUGGAAAUUGCCUUGUAUUCUAGCAUCCUUCUUGAAGUACCCUGUGUCUUUUCAGAGUAGCCAAUCUCUGUCCAAAGUCACAGUGUUGAAGCAGGUAGGGGUCUCAGCAGCCUGAAGUGAAAUAUAAGCUAUGUUAACUUAUCUUUCUCCUCCCUAAAGUUUGUGCAUUUAUCUUAUACAUCCAUUCAUAUGGAUUAAGUCACUUACCUACUUGAAAGCCUUCACAAAAUCUGGCUUUUUUUAAAAAAAGUGAAGUAAUUAAAAUGAAGAAGUCCAGUAUUUACAUUUUACUCAGUUUGUAUUGAGAAAUGCUUGGAUCCCAAUUAUUAUUAUUCUUUACAUGGGAAAUGCAAAAAUGCAGUGAAAAUGCACCACUAUAAAAAUGAAGGAAAAAAUGUGAAAGUCAGAAUGAUAGUGGAUUACAAAUGAUUUCUUAAAAAUACUGCCUAAAGAUCCGUGUGUGUUCGUGAAACAUAGUGCAACAGUGGGUUCACCUUUAAAAGAAAAGCAGGUUGAAAUGUUCUUUGAGAAAGCCAUGGAGAGCUGAACGUGGAGCGGCCUCCUGGCAGGAAAAUUUUCCUUGUCACUUUAUUCAGGGACAUUACAGAAAAUUUUCAGAAAAAGUAAUAGAAAAGGUUUGAGGUCUCCGAAUGUUUUUAAACUGAAAAAUCAUCUAGUUUCAUUGAAGUCAUUAGAGAAGCAGUUUGGCUGGCCCAGUGAAAACAGCAUGGGCCUGGG